UUGAUAUGGCGUAUAGUGUUUGUAUGUAAACAUUGCGCGAUGGAUCUUGCAAAAUAUCAUUGUUAAAACGUGUGUUCCAUGAAUCGAUUCUUAGGUCUUUUUUUAUAGUUUUUAUAGUUGUAUUAACUCUAGCAAAGAAAGAUGGAAGUAGAUGUUCCUUCGAAAGGAAGCGCUAUCGAGGUUAUGAGGGAGAAUGUAAGGGAAUUAACUCAUGCGGAAAGAAAAGAGUACCGUAUGAAAAUAUUGAAUAAGAACCGCGUGGCUUUGGGUAAGAUCGUGCUGGAUUCAUCUUUUACAACGAAAUUUGUUGUUGAAAAGGCAAACGCGCUUAAAAAGAAGCCAUUACCAGUCGAGGAGUACAAACAAUUACAAAAUGCUCUUAUUCAGAGCGAGGAAAAUGUGAAUUCAUUUCUGAAAGUAAAUAAUAUAUUGUUUGCUUUGGUGCGUGAUUUUUCUGGUAGUAAACCAGCUUUACAAUUAUCUGCCAUUAGUUGUUGCUGUAAUAUAGCACUUGGAAAUGCAAAGGCUUGCACAUCAUUGACUAAAAGUAUUGCACCAUAUCUUAUUACAGAAUUAGAGAGUUUGAAUUAUCCUUUAUUGGAUGUUUGCAUAUGGACAGUGGGAAAUUUAGUGGCUGAAAGCAACAAGGCUUUUGAAAUACUUCAUGCACAAGACUGUUUGAAAUAUAUUAUAUCAUUAAUCCAUAGUUGUGAUAAUAUUAUCUUACCUUCAGUGAUAUAUGCAACUAUGCACUAUGUUCAUAUUGGUUUUCAACAUAUUACUGAAACUGAAAUGAUUGAACUUGUUAAAGCUAGUGCAGAAAGAAAUCUGAAUUUUGAAAAUUCAUACUUCAGUUGGCUGCUAGCAUUGUUAUCUUCACAUGUUGCCUGUAAUACAUAUUUAUACAAUACAGUACCUUUAGUAGUGGAUUAUCUGUAUCAAAAUAUUACUAACAAUAUUGCUGCUGUAAAAGAGAUCACAGCAUGUAUCAGGAUAUUGGCGAAUAUGAUCUGUGAAAAGUCUGGCCAGUUGGCUAAAGUUCUUUUGGAAAAUCUAAAAUAUACAGAAUCUGAUUUAGAGAUGUUGUUAAGCACAUUACUUUCAUGUCAAUAUGUACAUGUUAGAAAGGAGACUUUAUGGUUAAUAGGCAACCUUUAUAAUCAUAGCUGUACCAAUAUUAAAAGUAUUGUACAAGAUAUUCUACCCAGAUUAUCAUCCCUCGAACAAGCAGUUUUAUCUGUGACACAACAAACUAUGACAAUAAAUACUGAUUUAACCGUCUGAACAGGGAUAAAUUGUCGUGCACCUAUGGAAGAAUGGUCGCCCCUUGUAGUGU